AUGUCGGGGGGGAACUGGUCUGUGCUGGGGGGCUCGGUUUGGGGGCCCCCGCCCUGCCAGGACUGGGCACCGCGGACGGAGGACGGGCUGUACCAGCUGGGCAGCGCGCUGCUCUCUCUGGGGCUGAUGGGGGGCAGUGGGCCGGCGGGGGGGCUGUACCUCUUCAGCCUGCUGCUGGGGGGCUUUGUGUGCCAGGCGCUGUGGGGGGGGCUGUCGGUGUGCGGGGGGGACGUGCUGACGUGGGCCGCCCUGCAGGGGGCGCUGUGCCUGUUCAGGGUGGGGGGGCUGGCCCUGCGGCUGCUCCGGGCCCCCCUCCCGCACGGCGAGCUGGGGGAGCUGUACCGCGCCCUGUUCCGGCCCCUGGGGGCCACACCGGCUGAGUUCCGCCCUGUCGUCGAGGCGUCUGGGACACGCGUGUGGACGCUGCACGAGGGAGACGCCUACGCCCUGGAGCAGGCCACGCCCAUCGACCAGCUCUCCCUCCUGCUGUCCGGGAGGGUGCGGGUGUCUCUGGAUGGUCAGUUUGUUCAGUAUAUUUUCCCCUUUCAGUUCCUGGACUCACCUGAGUGGGAGGCUCUGCAGCCCACAGAUGAGGGAACCUUUCAGGUGACCCUGAUGGCUGAGACGGACUGCCGCUACGUGGCGUGGCGGAGGUGUAAGCUCCAGGCGCUGCUGGAGAGGGAUCGCUACCUCGGCCGCAUCUUCGCCGUGCUGCUGGGCAACGACAUCGCCGACAAGCUCUACGCACUCAACGAGCGCCUCUUCAUCAAGCACGGCCUCAUCCUCGACAUCCGCCUGCCCGGCCUCUACUUCAGCCUGGAGGGCCGCGAGCCCGCCUCUGGCCCCGCCCCCGCGCCUGGCCCCGCCCCCGCCUCUGGCCCCGCCCCCGCCUCUGGCCCCGCCCCCGCCCCUGCGCAUGGUCCCGCCCCUGGCCCCGCCCCGGCCCCGCCCCCACUUGCUGACCGCCGUGACCAUGCGAACUCGCCCAGUCCCCCAGGACCUUAGUGGCACCUGCCUGCUUCUGUGACUCAAGAGAACCAAGAGAGAGAGGGCCCCCACCUGCCAAUCAACACAACCAUAUAAAUAAAAUAAAAUACAGAAUGUUUCUCAGUGAAAAUAUUCACAUAUUGUUUCUAGUAUUAAUAAUGUGUUUUCCCAUUA